AUGCUGAAUCCCUCCUCAAAACUAAAGGGUGAGAAGGAUUACAUUAAGUAUGAGACGGCGAAACGACUGGACAAGGUGAUCGAUAAGAUCCGGGCCAAUCGAAGGAGAAGCUCCAUAGAAACUCUGCGAGCGGAAACGCCCGAGGAGUUCUAUGCACCGAAGCAGGCGGAUGAUGGCAGCCAACUCAAUGGGACACCAACAGAUGCAGAUGUACUGGGACUGGGACUGGGACUGGGAGUGGGAGUGGCGAAGGCUGGCGGAGGUAGACCGCCAUCCAUCUCCAACAGUGACCACAAACAACGGCAGCUAAAGAAGCUGCGUUUCAAGCGGGAAAUGCACGCUUUGGCCCUGGAGGGCGGCGAUGUGGCCAGGGGCUAUUGCUCCUGCGAUGAGCAGUGGACGAACUCCUCCUCACCGACGUCCACCACCACAUCGGCCACCAUGUCGCCGACACUGCCGACUGCUGCCGGAAAUGCCAGUAGCGGACGCCUGGCAACAGGAAACGGGCCUAGUGGAAACUCGAGCGGCGGCAGCAGCGGUAUUGUCAAAAUGGCGGCAGCCGGAGCGGCGGGAAAGCGAAGCGGACGGCUCAAGCAGCAGCAUCAUGUGCGCUUUUCCGACGAGAAGAACUUCUCGGAUUGAGAGGCGAAGAGAAACCAAACUACUAGACUGCACCUAAUCUCUGUUUAGUCAUAGGCUAACAUUUUUCUCAACCCCCUCUCCUCUAGGAAAAUGGGGGUGGGAAAAAUCAAACAAAUCAUCAGAAAAUCGAAAGAAAAAAAACAAAUAAUAUAUAUAAAUGAAAAUUCGUAGAUAAAGAAGUAAUCAAGUAAGGAAUCUGUAAAUAUAUACAUAAAUAUAGUUUGGGAGUGUUAGUUAAAUAUCUGUGUUUAGUUGCUCGAUAGAUCUGUUGUGAACCAUAUAUAUGCAUAUAUAUAUAUAGGUAUAUAUAAAUAUAUAUAUGAAUAUAAUCAAGUAAUCAAGUAAGUGUAGCACAAAUGCAUUUUUUCCACUCAUCAUCAGCUAAUUGAAAGCAAAUAUUGAUGGAAAUUGUUGAUAACGAAAUUCUGUUGAUGGCAUUGUAAAUAUUCUAGUCAAAAAUAAACAAAAUGUGGUAUUAUUUACUAAAAGUAAAAAAACAUUUAAACAAAAACAAAACAAAAACUAAACAUUAAAAAGAAGAAAAACAACACAAACAUGGCUCAAAAUAGAUUAGAUUAAAAAUGGGAAUGAUGAGAGGCAUAACUGAAAACAAAUAACUAGUUAAUUAUUUAAAUUAAUACUCUGAGGAUGACAAAAAACAGACGAGUGACGCUUUUUUUUACUGUGUACAAAGCCAACUAAUGCACUGAGAGAUUAGGGAGAUAAAAAAUGCAUAAAUGCUUAAUUUAAUGAGGAAGUUUUCACACACAAUCGAAUUAAUUAUAGAACACACACGAAAAUUGUUGCUCAAAGGCAACAAGUCAAUUGGAUUUUACAACUUUUAACUAAUAAGUUUAAUAUUUUUCUAAAAAGUUUUAAACUAAAAAGUAACUAUUUUUCCUCUUAAGUUAGCUUUUCCUAUAACAAAAUCCUAAAUAGUUACCUCAACCUAACAGAAACUGCCAACUUCUCAAACUGUUUUUAUUACAGAAAAACUUCAUUUAUUUAAUUUUUUAAAUCAUCUUUAACAAUAUCUCUACUUCUAAGUACUCUUCCAUAUAAUUUGUAAAAACAUUCUGAAUAAAAAUCAAUAAAAAAGCGUCGCCAAAAAAACACACAAAUAUGAUAUUUGUAUUUUUAAGACUAAAUUUAUAAUCGUCUAGUUUAAAAAAUAAAAAAAAUAUGAUUGCAGGACUUGCAGAGAACUAAAUUAAGUAAUUAAUAUGAAAUAAAGUUAAAACUAA